AUGCUAAAUGAAAGGGUGGAUGCUCUUGAACAAUAUGGGCGAAGAAACACCCUUGAAAUACACGGGAUUCCUGCUGCGCGUGAAGAGAAUACCAGAGACCUGGUGCUGGCUGCCUGUAAAGCGGUCGGAGUCGAGCUGCGUCCGGAGGCGAUUGACUGCUGUCACCGCCUUGCCAAGGGAGCAAAUCAACGCUCGCCGGGAAUCAUACCCAAGUUCGUCCGACGCGAUGUCGCACACAUGGUCCUCGACAAGAAAAAACAAAUGAGGAAUCUUUCUUCGCGCGCCGUUGGUGUUCAGGGUGAGGAACACUCUGUUUUCAUCAACUUGUCGCUGACUGUGAUGCGGAGGAAGAUAUUAUCUCAGGUAAAGAAGCUGCAAAAGGAUCACGGAUUCAAGUAUGUGUGGGUGGAUAAAGCGGGCAAUAUAAAGGUGAGACCAGUUUAUAAGGGUAGGGUCACAGUGAUUAAUAAUGAUACGGAACUGAACGCUUUCAUUGCUGCUUUAGCGUAA